AUGGCUGUAGUUCGAUGUCUCGCCCUACUCCUUGGCCUUACAGCUUCCGUCCAUGCCACCUUCAGUGCAACAGGCAGGUCUAAUGUGGUCUUGUACUGGGGUCAGAACUCGGCUGGCCAGCAAAGCACGCAGACGCGCCUCUCAGACUACUGCAGUGAUUCUAAUGUUGAUGUUAUCCUGCUCGCUUUCUUGCUCCGUUUCAAUGGCGCGGGUGGGCAGCCGGUCAUGAAUUUCGCCAACCAGGGCGAUAAAUGCACCACCUUUCCAGGCACGGAGACCUUCUCUUGCCCCGAGAUUGAAGCGGACAUCAAGACAUGCCAAGCACAAGGAAAGACUAUCAUGCUCUCCCUCGGUGGUGACGCUUACACCGAAGGCGGCUUCACCUCCGCCGAUCUUGCAAAUGCAGGAGCCGACAAAAUCUGGGCCACCUUCGGCCCCGUGCAAUCGGGAUCCAGCGCUCUUCGUCCGUUCGGCACCGCAGUCCUGGACGGCUUCGACUUCGAUUUCGAAGCCAACGUCUCCAACAUGGCGACUUUCGGCAACCGUUUGCGCUCCCUCAUGGAUGGGGCGGGUGGCAAGAAGUACUACCUCAGCGCCGCCCCGCAGUGCCCCUUCCCGGACUGGUACAACAAAGACAUCAUCGACAACGUGCCGCUCGACUGGGUGAACGUGCAGUUCUACAACAACGGGUGCGGCGCUUCAUCGUACGUGCCCGGCCAAACCGACCAGUGGAACUUCAACUUCAACCAGUGGGAUACCUGGUCCCGCCAGUCGAAGAAUCCGAAUGUGCGGGUGCUUCUGGGUGUGCCUGCGCGUACCGGGGCAGGCAACGGAUAUCUGACUCCGGAUCAGCUGGCUCCUGUUAUACAGUACAGCUCGCAGUACGCGAGUUUUGGCGGCGUCAUGAUGUGGGAUGCUAGUCAGGCGUGGCAGAAUCCCGGGUUUAUUGGCGGUGUGAAGAAUACGCUGAGGAGCCUGCUGAAGAGGGGGAUGCGAUGGGGCGCGAGGAUCGUCGAAUGUGAGUAA